AUGUCAGACAAGACAGAGCCUAGCAGCGCUCAAAUAACCCAGAGUCAUUCAGCACAGGAUCAUGAUCGCGACCAAAAGUCGUCCGCAAAACGCGGUCGCUCACCGUCAGCCCAGGAGGACAGGGCCUUGGAAGACAAUGAGAGAUCUUCUGCGAAGCGUGCUCGAUCACCCUCAGGCCGAGCCAUACCGACCACUGCAGGAGAGACCAACGCCGCGAAGGUUGCAGAACAUUACAAUGCCCGACCAGACGUCGGCGUCGAGAAACGUAAGGAGUCGACCAUUUUCCGCCUCAAGAGUUUCAACAAUUGGUUGAAAUCUGUGCUGAUCGGGCGGUACGCGAGACCAAGAGACCGGGUCCUGGAUGUCGGGGUCGGCAAAGGAGGCGAUCUAUUGAAAUGGUCCAAGGCGAGGAUCUCUUACUUUACUGGAUGCGAUAUCGCAUCAAAAUCGAUUGAACAGGCGCGAGAAAGAUACAGAACUAUGAGAAACCCACCAUUCGAAGCCCAUUUCCACGCAAUGGAUUGUUAUUCGGAACCAAUCUCGAAUGUGGUGCCGUCAGAGAUAGUCUUUGAUAUGGUUUCCAUGCAGUUCUGCCUGCACUACUCGUUUGAGACCGAGGCCAAGGCGAGGAUGAUGCUUCACAAUGUAACAUCACAGCUCAAGCCUGGCGGCGUCUUUAUUGGAACAAUACCAGAUGCGUACUGGAUUGUUAAGAAGUUGAAAUCCGAGUCGGACGAUGCCCUUCAGAUCGGAAAUUCGAUCUACUCGAUUCGAUUCGAACGGAGAGACAUAUUCGACAAGUUCGGCGCAAAAUACUGGUUCCAUCUUGAAGAUGCCAUUGACGACUGUCCAGAGUACCUUGUCCACUUUCCGACCUUCCAAAAGCUGGCAGAGGAGUACGGACUCGAGCUGAUAUACAACAAAAAGUUCCACCAGGUGUAUGAGGAAGCUUCUCAGGAGCUUGACUUCAACCAGCUACUAUAUCGCAUGAACGUCAUCUCGGAGGACGGACACCUAUCUGCAGAUGAAUGGGAAGCUGCUAAUAUCUAUCUCGCAUUCGCUUUCAAGAAGAAACAGUAG